GAGGUGUACCCGUGCCAGCCGUUCCGCUGCUGCUGGAGAGGGAAGAUUCAGGUCCACGCCUCCCAGAGCCUCCUCUGCACGAACAUCCUACACUUGCCCCCGCAAUUAAAGGGGAGGAACCGAAACCUGGAUGGGCUCAAGCAUCUCGCACAGAUCGCUUGAUGACCGCAGCCGUGGUAGGUGAGGACCGGGAGAGCCGACAUCCUCCGCCGCCUCCAGGUAAGAGGAGGAUAGCUGUUCCAGGACGGGCAAGCAGCGGCCUCGCUGUCCUUGCGUUUUAAACUGCAGCAGCGACUGGGAGUUCAACAAUGAAGCAAUGAUAUCUGAGAACAAAGGAGCUCUGGCCAACUAAAUGUCAGCACAUUUCAUGCGGCCGGGUGGAAACACCGCAGCAGACCCGAGUGUCGGCUGGCAGAGCGAGAAUGAGCUCUUCUGACCCCGCUCAUUUGAAGCAGCUCUAGUAUAGAUUAUUUAAACUUGAUGUGUGUCAAAUUCAAGAAAAAUGAGCGAGCCCCCCAGAUUCUUUGUUGGGACUGAAGAUGCAGAAAUCAACCCUGGAAACUAUCGUCGCUUCUUCCACCAUGCUGAUGAAGAGGAGGAAGAGGAAGAGGAGUCUCCACCAGAAAGGCAGAUUGUGGUUGGAAUAUGUUCCAUGGCAAAGAAAUCCAAAUCCAAACCCAUGAAGGAAAUUCUGGAACGGAUCUCCUUGUUUAAAUACAUCACAGUAGUAGUUUUUGAAGAGGAAGUUAUUUUGAAUGAACCCGUGGAAAACUGGCCUUUAUGUGAUUGUCUUAUUUCUUUCCAUUCUAAAGGAUUUCCACUGGACAAAGCAGUUGCCUAUGCAAAACUCAGGAAUCCAUUUGUAAUCAAUGACUUGAAUAUGCAGUAUCUCAUACAAGAUAGAAGAGACGUUUAUAGCAUUCUUCAAGCUGAAGGCAUCCUACUUCCCCGGUAUGCAAUUCUGAACCGUGACCCAAAUAACCCGAAAGAAUGCAACCUGAUUGAAGGAGAAGAUCAUGUAGAAGUGAAUGGGGAAGUUUUCCAAAAGCCAUUUGUAGAAAAGCCAGUCAGUGCAGAAGACCACAAUGUUUACAUUUAUUAUCCAACAUCCGCCGGAGGUGGAAGUCAGAGACUUUUCAGGAAGAUUGGCAGUAGAAGUAGUGUGUAUUCCCCAGAAAGCAACGUCCGAAAAACGGGGUCAUACAUAUAUGAAGAGUUCAUGCCUACAGAUGGUACUGAUGUUAAGGUUUAUACCGUGGGUCCAGACUAUGCACAUGCUGAAGCUCGGAAAUCUCCAGCUCUCGAUGGCAAGGUAGAACGAGACAGCGAGGGGAAGGAAGUAAGAUACCCCGUCAUUCUCAAUGCGCGCGAGAAGCUGAUUGCGUGGAAAGUCUGCCUUGCUUUCAAGCAAACAGUUUGUGGCUUUGAUUUGUUACGUGCCAAUGGACAGUCCUAUGUGUGUGAUGUCAAUGGCUUCAGUUUUGUGAAGAAUUCCAUGAAGUACUAUGAUGACUGUGCAAAAAUUCUUGGCAACAUUGUAAUGCGGGAGCUUGCACCGCAGUUUCAUAUCCCCUGGUCAAUACCGUUAGAAGCUGAAGAUAUUCCAAUUGUACCAACUACCUCUGGAACUAUGAUGGAGCUUCGAUGUGUCAUAGCUGUGAUACGACAUGGGGAUCGAACACCGAAACAGAAGAUGAAAAUGGAAGUGAGGCAUCAGAAGUUUUUUGAUCUUUUUGAAAAGUGUGAUGGAUAUAAAUCAGGGAAGUUGAAGCUCAAGAAGCCGAAACAGUUACAGGAAGUCCUGGAUAUUGCACGGCAGCUUCUCAUGGAGCUGGGGCAAAAUAAUGACUCUGAAAUCGAAGAAAACAAGUCAAAGCUUGAGCAGCUUAAAACUGUGUUAGAGAUGUAUGGUCAUUUUUCAGGAAUAAACCGCAAGGUCCAGUUGACCUAUCUCCCUCAUGGUUGUCCGAAAACGUCCAGUGAGGAGGAAGAUAACCGAAGAGAGGAGCCUUCCUUACUUUUGGUUCUAAAAUGGGGAGGAGAGCUGACCCCUGCUGGCAGGGUUCAGGCUGAAGAGCUGGGAAGAGCUUUUCGGUGCAUGUACCCUGGAGGUCAAGGAGAUUAUGCAGGAUUUCCUGGUUGUGGUUUACUCCGACUGCAUAGCACCUACAGACAUGACCUCAAAAUAUAUGCCUCUGAUGAAGGGCGGGUCCAGAUGACUGCGGCUGCUUUUGCAAAGGGUCUCUUGGCGCUAGAAGGGGAGCUUACCCCCAUUCUAGUUCAGAUGGUGAAAAGUGCGAAUAUGAACGGCCUUUUGGAUAGUGACAGUGACUCUUUGAGUAGCUGUCAGCAGCGUGUGAAAGCAAGGCUUCAUGAAAUACUUCAGAAAGACAGAGAUUUUACAGCCGAAGACUACGAGAAGCUUACUCCAUCUGGAAGUAUUUCUGUUAUCAAAUCAAUGCAUUUAAUUAAAAAUCCAGUGAAAACCUGUGACAAAGUGUAUUCCUUGAUUCAAAGUUUGACUUCCCAAAUCAGACAUCGGAUGGAAGACCCAAAAUCAGCUGAUAUUCAGCUUUACCAUAGUGAGACCCUGGAACUUAUGCUGCGUAGAUGGUCCAAGCUGGAGAAGGACUUUAAAACAAAGAACGGAAGAUACGAUAUUAGUAAGAUCCCCGACAUAUAUGACUGCAUCAAAUACGACGUUCAGCAUAACGGUUCCUUGAAAUUAGAAAACACAAUGGAACUAUAUAGGCUGUCAAAGGCAUUAGCAGAUAUUGUUAUCCCUCAGGAAUAUGGUAUAACUAAAGCUGAAAAACUGGAAAUUGCCAAAGGCUACUGCACUCCACUCGUUAGAAAAAUCCGGUCGGAUCUUCAGAGGACACAAGAUGAUGACACUGUUAAUAAACUCCAUCCUGUGUAUUCUAGAGGUGUCCUGUCUCCUGAACGGCACGUCCGCACCAGAUUAUAUUUUACCAGUGAGAGUCAUGUUCAUUCCUUACUGUCCAUUCUUCGCUAUGGCGCCUUAUGCGAUGACUCAAAGGACGAGCAGUGGAGACGAGCGAUGGACUACCUGAACGUCGUCAACGAGCUCAACUACAUGACACAGAUUGUCAUCAUGCUCUAUGAGGACCCUAACAAGGACCUUUCCUCAGAGGAGCGCUUUCAUGUUGAAUUACACUUUAGUCCUGGAGCCAAAGGCUGUGAAGAAGAUAAGAAUUUGCCAUCUGGCUAUGGUUAUAGGCCAGCUUCCAGGGAGAAUGAAGGCAGAAGGUCCCUUAGAUUCGAUGAUGACGAGCCUCAUACUUCUAAAAGAGAUGAAGUUGACCGGGCCGUGAUGUUGUUUAAACCAUUGGUGUCAGAGCCAAUUCAUAUACACAGGAAAUCACCACUUCCAAGGUCCAGGAAGAUAACUACCAGUGAGGAAGAGACCCCCCUGAGUGUGUCUAGCCCAGAGGGCACUGGCACCUGGCUGCAUUAUACCAGUGGUGUGGGUACUGGGCGUCGAAGACGCAGAUCAGGGGAACAAAUCACCUCUUCCCCUGUCUCCCCCAAAUCAUUGGCUUUCACAUCCAGUAUUUUUGGCUCAUGGCAACAGGUUGUAUCUGAAAAUGCCAACUACCUCCGGACCCCAAGAACGCUUGUGGAGCAGAAGCAGAACCCUACAGUAGACGCCACACGCGGGUCUGCUGUUAAAAGGUUUUCUAUCUCAUUUGCUCGACACCCAACCAAUGGCUUUGAGCUGUAUUCCAUGGUACCAUCCAUCUGUCCUCUAGAAACGCUUCACAAUGCCCUGUUUUUAAAGCAAGUGGAUGACUUUCUGGCUUCCGUUGCUUCUCCAUCGACUGAGGUUAUGCGAAAGGUCCCGGAAAUGGUCUCUAUGGCCACACGUGCCAGCCCAGGAAUGAGAAGGAAAAUUUCCUUAAAUACUUAUACACCUACGAAGAUCCUCCCCACACCGCCUGCUACGUUAAAGAGCACCAAAGCGAGCAGCAAAGCAGCAGCUGGCGGACCAUCUCUGGCAAUGGCUCCCCAUACCUCAUCUCGGAAGAAGAGCUUAAGUAGCAAAACUGAGGGGCACGAACCCAAGAAAAGCACUGGGAAGAAAAGAUGAGCACACACCAGAACCGGAAGUUCCCAUGUUAGAAAGGGACUUGUUGCUUAGCCAAGGAUGUCUAAGAAACCUUGACUGAAUCCAGUUGGAGCCAGCGGUUCAUGUUUUAUCAUGCUUUGCUUUAUACAUCUGUAUAUUUCUUUAAACACCUCGGAAGCUAGAGGACCUUCUGGUUUUAUCCAGGCAAGGAGCUUUGGCAGCAUCUAGAAAUGUUCAAAUAAUGUCUGUCCGCUUUGUGUAACAAAACUCAUGAAAACUGCUGUCACUGUCACUGUGAUGAUUCCCAUGUGCCUGUGGCAGAGACAAAGGACACAGAAAUCCGGCUGACUGGUACCAAAGUGCACUCUCUUCAGGUGCCUCUCUACACACCUGCAUUUCUACAGGAUUGCACUUAGUGAGAUUGGACAGACACGAUCACUCAUGUGUUGAUGACUUUUUUAAAAAGUACAUUUCCAAAGAGAUCUCAUUGACCAUUUACAUUAGAAUUUUUUUGUUAUUGUUACAGUAACAUAUGCUGCAAUAUUUAUUGACUGGAUUAUAUAGACCAUGAAUUAUUUUUUCAAUUUGUGCUUUGAAUUUUUUAUUGUGAAUUAUUUAGAAUAUUCAAAUGCAGGUGGGAGAACUAUACAUUUAUACACAUAAAUUUACAAGUUAAUCUGUAGAAAAUAUUUUCUUUAUACAUUUCUUUACCAUCAAGAAAAAAUUCUUGGUUCACAAGAAAAAUUUUUUUCUGUAUUAGCAAGAGAGGCAUUUUUAGAGUUGGUUUUUUUUUUUUUUUUAUGAACUAUAACUGCUAAAUUUGUAAAUCUUAAACUUGAUUUUCUGAGUUUUUCUUGAGACUUAUGGACUCAGGUCUAAAAUGGGAGUUCUGCUGUUAGUGUCAUCCAUGAUAUAUUUCUUGUGCUUUCAUUCUUAUGUCCAGUGUAUUUGUUGAUUUCACCAAGAAAACUCAAAAGAUAGAACAUUCGUCGUAGUGAGUAAAUGGUGUUUACAAAUGAUGAAGUUUGGAAAAAAGAUUGAAAUGACUAUUGUAAUUUCAUCUAACAUUUUAAAAAAGGACAUCAUUCUCCUUGGUGCUUUUUCUCCUUGAUGCACAAAUGAUUGCUUGAAACAUUUGAAAUUACUCACAAACUAAACAGCCUAAAUAAAAAUCUCAAACAUUGGAUAUGAUGUAACCUAAGGUAGUAAGCUGUAGCUUCAACCUUAUGUUUAGAAGAAGUACUAGACCCUUGUAUAGUUAUUGUAAUUCUUCAAAAGAGACUUAUAACCUUAAAUCAUCUUAUAUGAACUGACUUCUAGAGAAUAGGCAUAUUAUAUUAUCUUGGUUGUUUAAAAAGGGAUGAGAUACAGAAGUUCCAAAUAUAUACAAAUAAAUAAGUUCAUAUACUUCCCUUGAAUGUAAAUGGAUUAUAUGGUGAUAAAUCUUGUAAACAAUUGAAUGUAUGUACAUUUUCUUUAUGUGAAUAUGUGGUUAAUGUACUCAUUAUGGGGGAUGAGGAGACUUUUAUUUUUUAAGUGGAAUGAAUUAAAAUUCUUUUUAGAAUACGAA